GAUAUGUUCGCCAUGCGCCAGUCAACGAGAAGCUGCUAUGGCCGCUGGGUCAGCUUCAAAGUUAACUGUGUUUGUGAGAAGAUUGAAGGAUUUCACUAGGUGUUUACGCGUGCCCAGACCCAACGCACCACAGGAGAGGUGGGAACGAGCAUCGUGGUUUAGUAAUCGGCAGGCUCGUAGGUUUCAUCAUGGUAGCAGCAUAUGCAGCCACUGCUGUCGGCAUACUAAGCCCGGUUUGGUCACAACACCACAUCUGCAUAGGAGUUUCCUGACAUCUGUCCAAAGCCUGCAAGCUCCCCUGGUACAACAGCCAGGAAGUCUUCCUGAGGCCACAACAGACCCUUUUGAACUGUCCAAACAGGACUUGGCAGACAUAUAUGAAGCCAUCAAGAAGGAGCUUUGGGUAUCCAAACCCCAACUCAACGAAAUUGCCAACUACUAUUUCGAUGGCCAGGGAAAAGCAUUUCGUCCAAUGAUAUGCACCCUAGUAGCGAGAGCUGUCAACAUCCACGUGCACAACAGGAAUGUACUUUUAGACUACCAGAAGAAAGUAGCAUUGCUAUGUGAAAUGAUCCACACCGCAAGCCUCGUUCACGAUGAUGUCAUUGACACCUCAGACACAAGGAGAGGAAAGCCAAGUGUCAACGUACUGUGGGGACAGAAAAAGGCAAUCUUAGCAGGGGACUUUGUGCUCUCAAGGACAGCUCAAUUGCUCGCCAAAAUUGGAAGUAAUGAUGUUAAUGCCUUUCUCUCUCAGGUUUUAGUGGACCUGGUUCAAGGAGAAUUCAUGCAGCUGGGUUCCAAAGAAGAUGAAGGAGAACGGUUUUCACACUAUAUACAAAAGACCUUUAAGAAGACUGCCAGUCUCAUAGCUUUUGGAUGCAAAUCUGUCUCCAUAUUGGGAGGAGGUGACGCAGAAAUCCAAGAAGCAGCCUACCAGUAUGGAAAGAAUGUUGGCAUUGCUUUUCAGUUGGUAGAUGAUCUUCUGGACUUCAUAUCAAGCCAAUCUGAUCUUGGCAAGCCAGCAGCAGCUGACCUCAGGCUUGGUUUGGCAACGGCCCCAGUCCUCUUCGCCUGCGAUAAGUUUCCCGAGCUCAACGUCAUGAUUAUGAGGCGCUUUUCUGAGCCUGGAGAUGUGGAGAGAGCAUACGAAGCUGUCCUGAAGAGUGACGGUUUGGAGCAUACACGGCUCUUGGCUCGGAAACACUGCACUGAAGCCGUGCGCCACAUCAGCCCAUGGGUUGACUCUCCUGAGAAGCAGGCCUUGAUCACAAUUACUGAGAAAGUGCUCAACCGGAAGAAGUGAUUGCCUUUCGGAAAUGAACACUAGAUGGUACAUUAUGGGUAGCAACUCUGCUGCACCACCACAUUUGUUUUUUUGUAAAGGUUGUACAUAAGUUAGCUUCCUUGUUUUGGUACCAGCUAGCCGCAGCUGGAACAUUAGAAGGACAUGGGUAAAGGAGUAUUUUAACGCGUUAGGAACUGCCAUGGCAUCCCUGUUAGGGGGGCGUUCUCUUCUGGAUGCAUCACAAAAGUGGGGACAAUCAGCACCUCAGGAGUGUAUUUUGAUAGUUAAUCCAAUGCUGCUCUAAUUUUUAUAUGGUAACCUGGUCCGUGUGAUUACAAAGAGUGCCUGUCCAUACCCCUUUUAAGAUAGGUACCCCUCGCAAUGUGAGGGAUGUGAUACUGGACCAGGGAGCUUACUUGAAUAAACAUUUAGUUACCUACAUACAUAUGCAAAGUUGCAAGCCCUUGCAACAGAAGUAGUCUGAGAGCUAGCUAGAUAACACAUUUGUAAAAAUAAAUUUAACACGGGUGCUAGUGUACAUACGAGUGUAAAUGUAAAUACCUGUAAUACCAUUUUUGCAAAUGUGAACUGCAAGCUGGAAAACUUUUGCCUGACUCCAAUAUUUAUCCUCCAACAUAGUGCCACCAGUAAUUGGCUGUAUGCCACAAGUCAGGCAAGACUGUACAUAAUACUGUUUGAAUGUAUGGAUUAUGCAGAAGCUCGAGUUGGGAAUGUUUUUACUUGUUAAUAAUGGAUUUCUGUUUGUAUACACAAAUACAAGCACUAAUAGAUAAUAAAUGAAAUUUAAUAACUAGUAACUACAA